AUGGCUUUCUUUCAAUUGGUCGUCAAAGCUCACAGGCUCAAGUAUCGCAGAGUCCGCUACCAGGAGGAAAAGCUCGCCUCCAUACAGCUCUCCAGAGGCGUCAAGGUCAAAUUGUCCCUCUGGCAGAGAGCCCGCCGAAAAAAGCUCGAACUGAAGCGCAAAGCUCGCGACUGCCUGAGCUCGCUGUCCUGCUGGCCGGAGGAGUCGCUGCUCGGUCGUCUCUACCGGGCCCUCAAGAGCCCGGGCACCCUCGAGAACUACAUCUUGACGAGCCUGCUGGGCUUCCUGUUCGGCGUCCUGCUCACCUACCUGUUCUUCCUGUUCUUCGUGUUCCAGCUGCGCUUCGGUGUGAUCGCCGCGACGAUCGCCUGCUCCGUGCUCGGCCUCCUGCUCAGCCUCGGGCUGGCCUUCUCGGGCCGGGUGCGCUGCCUGGUCUUCCUCUUUCUGCCGCAGUUCUUCACGAAGCGCGGCCGCCAGGCCAUGAUGGCCUACGCCUUCAUCCUGACGCUCACGGGCCCGGCCAAGAACACCCUCUACAACAUCGGCGUGCUCUCGGAGUCGCUGGCCUGCGGUCAGCAGCUGCUCAAGGAGACGGUCCAGGCCGUCAUCGAUCUCAUCAAGCAGCCCUUCCUCGCCCUCAGGGACUCGUUGAGCAAGACCGUCAAGUCCAUCAAGGCCGUGGUGAGGCGCAUCAAGCAGACCCUCGUCGCCCUCAAGCGGCUCGUCCUCAGCAUACUACGCAUCAUCAAGUCGGUGUUCGAGUGGCUGGGCAGCAUCGUGCGCAUUUGCAACAAAAAGUUCGGCACCCCGUACGAGCGCUGCAAUCGCAUCUUCGAGAACGCCGAGGCCGACUGCCGGUCCAAGCUCGGCUCGGUGCUCGAGCACCUCUGCAAUCUCACCUACCUGCCGAGGACCGUCUGCGUGGCCCUCAAGCCGCUCGAUCUCGUCUGCAGCCUCGUCUCCUACGUCUCGGACUCGAUCGUCGGAGUGGUUCAUGCAAAGCUGAAGACGUUCGCGCGUGAGAUGAAGCUCAUAUUCUACGUGAAGAUCAAGUUCUCGCACUCGUUCCACUUCGAGACGAACAAGAGCCAGAGCAUCGGCCAGAUAGCUUCGAACAUCUCGGGCGAGAUCAAGGACAAGACGCGCCACUUCUUCUCCCUCAUCGACUGGGUCAGUCUGCUCACGAGUCUCUUCUUUCUCGUGCUGUGCCUCAGGGUAAUUUAUUAUCGUUACAAGUGGCUGAGCAGCGAUCGCUUCGACAAUCGUUACAUUUCAAGCCUGAUGCGCGAGAUAGACGCGAAGCGCGCUCGCCUCGACAAGGAGACCAUCUUCCCGCUCAACAGGCGCGAGCGCGAGAAGUACACGUCGCUGGGCUCGCUCUUCCUGAUCCAGUCGGAGCGCAGGCGCCUCGGCCGCACCGUCGUCUUCCUCGCGACCUCGAGCUGCAAGCUGGCCGUCUACAUGCUCGUCGACUACUGCCUGUACUGGCUGCUGGACACGAUCAGCCGCCACGGGCAGCGGAUGCGCCGAGCCAAGCAGCCGAGCUUCGCCGGCCAGGUGCGCGUCCAGGGCCGGGGCUUCCUCGCCGAGGUCUAUCGCAGCCUCGCGCGCUCCUUCACGCCGCGCAUACGCGACUCCGAGAUCGAGGGCGUGCCCUGCCUGCCGGUGCCCAAGCGGCCCGACUACGACGCCUACGCGCAGAUCGGCGUGCUCGUGCUCUUCUGCUGGCUCGUCGCCCUCUUCGAGCCCUACGGCCUCAGACUGAGGCACACGGUGCUCAACUACUACUAUCCGGAGCGAGCUCGCCAGCGGGCCGUCUGGCUCUACAAUCGGAUCCUGCGAUCGCGCGGCUCCUUCCUCAAGUUCGCGCGUCGACAGUUGCGCCGUCGCUUCGGCAUCGGUGACGGCGGAGCCGUGGAAAAGGUCAGCCUGCGGGAGCGUCUCUGGGCCGUCUUUCCGAUCCUCGGCCGAAUCUGGCCCGUCAAGGAGCGAGCCACCUGUCUGCUCUGCGGCGAGCCGGAGCGCGACAAGUCGGCGCCCCACGUGCGCUGCCCGACGCCCGGCUGCGUCGGCACCUACUGCGCCCACUGCUUUCGCGAUCUCAGGCGCAUGUGCACCGUGUGCAUGUCGCCCCUGGACUACGGCGAUCUGAGCGACUUCAGCGAGGAGAGAGAUUCUUCCGACGAUCAGGUUGAUUUGACGCAUUUAAAAAAGCAACAGUUGGACAAACAUAGUUAUAGCUAUCAAGACGAUGAAUCUGAAAUAUCGCCUUUUCCUCUAAGAACUAAAUUCAAGGACGUCGAAGCUCAAACGAUAUGCGACGAUGUUACCAUGCAGAUUUUCGACUUGUCCAUGAGCGAGUCAUCGGACAGCGACCAGCGCAUAUCCUGCUUCGGUAUCGUCGCAAAGAGGGAGCAAUUACGAGAUACCGAUUCCACCUCGAUCGCCAACACGGAGUCUUGGCCAACCGAGGAGGUGAGCAACGACCAGGCCCCGAUGAGCAUCGAAUCGCUCAACUCCGAGGAGGAAAAUCGCCAAGAGGAAGACGCUGCCCAAUUGGCUUCUGAGGAGGAGAAAUACUCCGAUGACGAAUUACUCUUUGAUCGCGAUAGCGAGCGGAAAAAGUCACGUAAAACUGGAUUCAAAAGUAUCUUGCCCAACAUCAGGAAAAUAUUUCCGUUCAUUCGGAAGAAAAAGAAGAAGAAAAACAAGGAUAUUAAUUUGAAGUGCAUGAACAAGUGUCGAUGCUCGUCAACCAUCGAUCGGGAUGGCGAGUCGCAGCAAUUAAGACAUCGCGGUGGAUCCGAUGGUUCAAAGAAAGUUUCAAAACGAAAUUUAUCAUGCUCGUGUAGGGAUUCGUCGAGCAGCAAACCAAAGUCUCGUCGUCGAUCGAAUCAACGGAGUACAUACGAACAGAAGCUUGAGCCAUUUCGAACGCAAGAAAUACCCAAACAUUUACGUAGGGUCUGCAGCGAUACAAAAUAUUACGAGAUAAACGAGAGUAGCUCUUCUUGGUACUCGCCCCGAGAUGCGUUCGAGGGCAGAUUUGACCCGAGCGAGCUGAGCGAUAGCUCGGAGUGUUCGGCCGAUAGCAAUCCUUCCAGAGACAGGUGCAGCGCCUCCAUCAACGAAAGCCACGAUAGUUCUUGUACAUUCACUUCCGGCACGACUAAUCAAUCUGGGUGCGAUGCUCAAAGUCAAUCGACAAAUCCUUCGUUAUACGACGUUAUCAUGGAAACAUCGGACGAUACAUCGGUCUCGGAAAAUGUCGUUGAGCCACGAAAAAUCAGUCGUCCGAGCAUCGAGGAAUCGUCGUCGGAAUCGGAAUCCUCGACAAACUCCUCGGUCUCCAGCGAGACACCGAGAAAAACGUCGAAACCGAACAUAAUCAGGGACGAAUCGAGCAACGCCGAUGUCAACUCGAUUCUCGACUGUCCAAUUAUCGUAUCCAGCGGACAACUCGGUUCGAUUAUGAUGGAUCUUACGGAUAUCAGCGACCAAGUCAAUACCGCGAUGGAUCGUCCAAGCACGAGCAACAAUUUCUAUUCCCAGCCGGAGCUUACAGGCAGUAGCAGCAGUAACGGCAUGAGGAUCCAGCUGAAGGAUCGUAUUCGCGAAGAUAGCGAUUGA